CUCUCUCUCUCUCUCUCUCUCUCUCUCUCUCUCAUUCAGUUUGAGUUUGACCCGUUGCCAGCCACCGGCAACUCUUUUCUAUACUCCAAUGGCGACCCCACCCUGCACUCUCUAGAGGAUCUUCUUAGUGGAAACAUAUGUUUAGACCUCUCUUCUUUUUUCACCAACAAAGCUUAGAUAACCUUUCUCCUCCAUUCUUUUCUCUCUUCCAAAACCCUAGCACCUACCUAACCAGAUAAUACAGGGUAGCAACAAGAAGAAUAAGUUGAAGAAGAAUAAGAAGAAACAUACCUAAUUACUCACCUCACCUUUACCUUUCUAUAGUUCUUUUUCUCCCCUUCUCUCAUAUAAGAUCUAGAUGAUAUCUUCUUUUUCUUAAAACUUCUGGUCCAGGUGAUGUGAAAAGACAAGGGAGAGAUUUGCCUCCAUUUGCAGAUCAAGGUUUCGUCUACUUUUUUUCAUCUAGAAUAUAUUUGCUUCUUUCCCAAGACUGCUUUUACAUUUUCGAUUCAUCAAAGCUAUGGAUUCUGGUAAUAGUAGUAUGCAAUCCUCAAGUGGCGGAGAUGAAGAGUAUGAUUCACGGUCUGAGUCAGUUCCAUCUUUCUUCAACCCUUCAAGCAACAACUUUGGAUCCUUGUCUGAUCCACACCCUUCAAUCUUCUCUCACCAGCAUAACCAACUACCCACUUUCUUUGAUCCUUCAUCUAAUUAUCUCCAUGCUUUCUCUCAGCCUCAAUCACCCUCUCCAUCUCAACCUAACUCAAACCACCCCAACUCCUUGCUAAAUCUUGACUUAGUUGGUUCUAGUAACCUGCAAGGCACAUCCUCAACGAGUCAUUCUAUCUUAGCCGCUCAAGGGCUCAAUCGUGGUUCAUUUCCAGGCUCACCACCCAUGCAAUCAAGGUUGCUUCAUGAUGACGGUGCGAGAUCUUUUGCACCACCGGAUCAGAUUAAUGUUGUGAAGAAUCCAAAGAAAAGAACAAGAGCUUCAAGAAGAGCACCGACAACUGUUCUCACCACAGACACGUCCAAUUUUAGAGCAAUGGUGCAAGAAUUCACUGGAAUCCCGGCACAACCUUUUUCAGGCUCAUCGUACACUCGGCGGCUCGAUCUUUUUGGGUCGGGCAUUAAGGCAGGGCAUUUUGAACCAAUGGGACCUCUUUACCCUCUUCGUCCUUUGACACAAAAGUUUCAACCAAACCCCUUUGUAUCUUCUUCUUCUUCUUCUUCUUUAGUGGUCGAUGCUAUUGCUGCAGCUUCUACAAGUACUAUCGGUACUAGUGCUAACGAAAAUGCUACAACCACGUCCGUUUCAACUGCAAGGAACACUUUUAAUUCGCCUUCUAUUAAUAACUUUCAACUGCUUUCUGAUUUAGGCCUCAAUAAAGAGACUCAUAGUUUGCUAAACAUGCAACAAAAUCCAGUUCUCUCAUCUCAGUCUGUUCUACAGCCUCCUCUAAACCCUUCAGAUAUUACUUUGGCAUGUUUCAAUGGAAAAUCUCAAGCAAGUUUUGGUAUGCCUGGUUACGAGGGAUUAGCCACAAGUGGACAUGGACACGUUAAUGCAAGCCUUGGCGGGCUAUCAAGCCAUGUAGCCUCUGGACAGGAUCAUAUGAGGCCCUUCGUUGGGAAUAUUAAUGGGAAUUCAUCACAAAGGGCGACAAGUUGUAAGUUGAACUACUCAGCCUCUUCUUUAGAUUUUCACCAUGACAAGACUUUGGAGAAUGUUUCUUCGAGGGGUGAAGGUACUGUUGAUUCAUGGAUUUGUCCUUCAGAAUAGGAUUACUUUUGAAGACUGUUUUUCUGCAGUGAUCAAUCAUACAGUUUCUUUUUUUUUUUUCUUUUUCUUAAUUAGAAUAAGUAUAUGAAAUUCAGUCAAACAUAUAUGCAUAUUUAUUAAUAUCAGUUAGAAUGUAGAUGCUAUCUUUCUUCUUCCAAUCGAAAUUUCAAUUUGUUUUUA